UAACGGUGGGCAGCGUGAGGUGCAGGGCUCGGGGGCUCUGAACGCGCCGCGUGCGUGGCGCUGCCCGUACCUGUGCUCGGGGCUCCGUGGUCAGGGCGGUGGUCGCGGUUACAGCGGGUAUUUGCUUGUCAGAAUUUCGGGAAUUUCCGCUUUUGAAGCCUUACUAGAGCGUCGGCUCAGGGUGAUUGGAGGAGGAGCGUUGCUUCCACACGAGUGCUGUCAGGCAGGGAUAGUGCUGAUUCGGCCGGGAUAUUUACACUGGGAUAGUUUGUGACAAUGGCUUUAUAUUCCAGUUAAAAUGGGAGAAAUUUGUUUUAUUUCUCCAUAUUCCACUCUUUGAGCCUAGUGCGGCACAGUAACUGGGUCAGAGAAAUACGUGCAAGCUGGUUCUCUGCAGUCAUGCCAGCAACAGGGGAAUGGCGUUGCAGCGCGUCAAGCAAACAGCCAUUGCAUUAUUGCACCGUUUCCCCAGUCUGACGUGGUUUCUUGCCAUAAGUGUGCUGCUGUGAGAAGCAAACAUGGAUAUGCUGGUACCUGGUGUUGACAGGGGAUGGGCGACAUAACAGUAAGCAUGAGAAAGAAGAAUGUAAGUUUUCUGCAAAGGACUGGUGUGCUGAGGCAGACGACUGGGGAGGCUGCGAUGGAGCAGAGUCUUCCACAUGUGCCCUUCAGAUGUUGGGCCUAAAUGCAGGGAUGAGCAGCUCUGCAUCUGGAGAAGCACAGUGUGUGUCACAGCUCCAAGAGCUUCGCUUGUCUGAAGCUGCAGACGUGUCAGGUUCCCUAAAUACAGACCUCCUACUCAGGGAGGAGAUGGUGAUGGCCACUUCAGUUCCCGUGUUCCACUCCUAUUACAUUAGUGUUGUGGAUGAGGCAGACUAUGCUGGUUUCCUUGAUACAGAUCAUGCAAAUAAACUAUUGAAAGAGUAUCAGCAGAGAGAGGGUGUUGAUCUGGAACAUUUGAUGUCAGAAAGUUUUGCUGGUGAAGGUAAUAAUGAGAAAUAUGAGAAGAGUGAAGUUAGAAGUGGGGACCACACGUUCCAUAAAUUUAUGAAAAGAAUAUCUGUUUGUCCAGAGCAGAUUUUAAGAUACUCUUGGGGUGGUCAGCCUUUGUUCAUAUCUUGUCCUCCAGCCAACUUUGGCAGCAGUAUUCCAGCCUGCAGUAACUGUGGAAGCAACAGAAUAUUCGAGUUUCAGCUUAUGCCAGCACUGGUCAGCAUGCUGCGGGGUGAUGCAGAUCUGUCUGUGGAAUUUGGGACUGUUAUAGUUUAUACAUGUGAGCGAAGCUGUUGGCCAACAAAUCAUCAAACCCCUCUGGAAGAGUUUAUAUUUGUACAAGAAGACCCUGACCAGAAAUUAUUUAAAUAAAUUGUGUUUCUCUUCAUAGGUGGAAA